AUGGCCAAAACACUACUACUGAAUAUUAAAGACUUGAAAAUCUCUCACCCCAGUGUCUUGGGCCAAGUCAAGUCAUCGUUGAAGUGUAAUGUGAUCUUGGUGGCCAAGUUUGACUUCACGGCUGAAACAAAGGAGGAGCUAUCAGUUUCAAAAGGUGACGUGUUGAAACUACUUGACCGCUUGUCAAACGGAUGGGUUUUGGUUAAGUUUAUCGACAAGAUGCAUCCUCCCGGAUUGGUUCCAUGCUUAUAUGUUGAUAUCGCUGUCAACGACACCAUGAACCCCAUAACGCUUGGGUGGUUGCACCAGAACGGAUCAGAUGAAUCAAAAUCAUUUGUGGAUGCUCAGGUCAAGUCUUUAUUGGCCGAUAAUGUGCCGCUCACCAUCAAUAAUACCCCGUAUCCGCUUACUGUAUUGGUAUCUCAUUAUUUGACAUACGAUGACCGCUUUUGGUAUCGUGUUGAUGUUAUUUAUAGCACUGGUCAACAAGGUUACCUUUGCAGGUAUUACCAGGACUUCUACGACUUACACGCGUUGUUACUAGACAUGUAUAAUGCUGCAGGCAACAAGGACUUGCUUGAGUUAAAGAAACCGCCAAAACUACCUGAGCCUGUUCCGAGCAAUAAGCGGAAUCUGGUUGAAAUGAGGGAGAUAUUUUCUAACAGAUGCAGAGAAUUGAGCACCUACAUGAAUGAGCUAAUUCUGAACAAAAACUACCAGGUUUCACCUGCAAUUGUGGAGUGGUUGGACAAGAGUUACUGCCAGAGACCUGGAUUUGUAGUGGAUGAUGCACUUAAUGAUACUAAUGAGGGAAUCAGUCAGCGCAUUUUACCUGGCUCGGUAACGCUCGCGUCUGAGUCGAAAUUGGUGAAGGUGGAAUCGCCAGAAACCAAGAAACAUGACGAUUCACCGCUGAAAUUUGUCCUUCCUGCUGGUUCCGGCUUGCAGAGAUCGAAAACGAAGAACAUCUACAACCAUUACCAUCAGGCAGCCAACUUUGGUCAAUAUCCGCCAUUGGGAAGGUCGAAGACAACGCGAGAACCGGUGGCUAGGUCAGCAUCAACUCGUGAACCGUUGCGGUCCAUAAGCCAGAAAAAGAACGUACCCAACCCAAGUGUUGGACGUUCUCGAACCAUCACAGCUGUUACUGCAGGCCAGUCAAUGGAGGUGAAGCCGCAAUUCGUGAACACUCCACAGCUCCCUUCGAUGGAGCACAGCAUGGCCAAGUCAUCUCCUCUGAUUGGACUGGUAGGUCUGCAGAGCCCUCAGACCACACGAGAUGUUGUACCUCAGAUCAAGUGCAAGAUCAAGACGCAGACAAGCGAUAUUCUUGUUGUAAUGGUCCAAAAGAAACUGAUUACGUCGCUUGAUGAGUUUAAGAACGAGAUUUACAGAAAGGUUGCGUUCAACAAUCUUUUCAUCAAGCUUCCAAAUUCAGACUCUUUCCAAGAAAUUGAUUCUCCUGAAAUCAAUGCCAUGCUGUUCUUGCACCAGUCUGACCGGGUUCUUCUUCUUGUGACAUGA